AUGGAGUUAGAUUACUAUUCUAAUUUAGUGAAAGUGAUUGCUGUUGCCGAAGCGUUUGGUGAAUUGGAUCCACCAAGAUCAAUAAUAAAAUAUUGGGUGCACCCAGUAAACCACAACCGUGAAGAAUUGGGACAAUUUGAUACCUUUUAUAACAACAUGAGAUGCUACAGUGAUAAAUUUUUUGAGUACUAUCGGAUGACUAUUUCUUCUUUUGAUGAAUUAUUAGAGAAGUUACGACCCCACAUUACAAAAGAAAAUACACAGUUUCGUAAUUCUAUUAGCGCUGAACAACGACUAACAAUUACAUUAAGGUAAUAUACUACUUAAUUAAAAAAAAACUACUGAUGUAGUAAAUUUAAAGUUAUUUUAAAAUAUCAAGUGAUUUGAAUAACUUAGUUAAGUUGAAAAUUAGAUAUUAUUUUUUAAUUUUCCAGCCCUUAUUCAAGUCA